UGACAAUGAGAAUCCAGUGAUUUCAGACAGAACUUGAUUGAAGUUUUAUUUUUUACAGAUCUGUGGAUCACAUCCCGCAUUCGUCCCUUGAGCUUCAAAGAGCAGUUAUCCGAAGAAUGACCAACUGUUUUUCUCAGUUUCUCUAAUAAUAAACAGAUGUGAGACUAUAACAAACUCCCCCUAUCAUUUACUCUAUUUCCUCAAGUAUUUUUCUUCACCGUGGGCAGAAUUUGCCUCAGCACUACGAGUCAAAGAGCCAACGAGCAAACGAACCAACGAGCCAACGAGCCAACGAGUCAACGAGUCAAUGAGCCGGCGAGUCAAAGAGCCAACGAAUCAACGAGCCAGCGAAUCAACGAGUCUACGAACCAACGAAUCGAAGAGCCAACGAACCAACGAGCCAGCGAGUCAACGAGUCAAUGAGCCGACGAGUCAAAGAGCCAACGAGCAAACGAACCAACGAGCCAGCGAGUCAACGAGUCAACGAGCCAACGAGUCAACGAGUCUACGGGUCAACGAGUCAACGAGCCGACGAGUCAAAGAGCCAACGAGCCAGCGAGUCAACGAGUCUACGAACCAACGAAUCGAAGAGCCAACGAUCCAACGAGCCAGCGAGUCAACGAGUCAACGAGCCAACGAGUCAAAGAGCCAACGAGCCAACAAGCCAACAAGCCAAAGUGUCAACGAGCCAACCAGUGAACGAGUCAACGAGCCAACGUAUCAAAGAGUCACUCAUCAGUUUUACUGUGAUGUCGCUAUUUGCAGAAUAGUCUUUUGCUUGUACGCGAUACAUGUUUGCUCUUAGAUGAACUGCUUGAUAAGAUUCGAACCGUUAGUCACUUGAUUCAUAAUAAGUUUUAUAAUUAUUCUUAUAAUUGCUGGCUUGGCUCUGUGGUAAGACGUUUGCUUCUCAACCUGAUGG